AUGACGGCCUCCCAGCUCAAAAAGCCUCUCUCGGGCGAUGUCGAGUUGAAUGUCGAGCGCAACGAGAAGCCCUUGAAAAAUGAUGCUCGCGAAGCUGCGGAGCGUGGGCAGGUUGCCACUGACAUAUAUGGGAAUCCGCUGGUGGAGUUUGAUCGAGCGGCUGAGCGCAGACUCCGCACGAAAAUCGACUUCUACAUCGUCCCUCCUGUGGCGUUGCUAUAUCUGUUCUGCUUCAUUGAUCGAGCCAAUAUCGGUAAUGCAAGACUCGCUGGUCUUGAAAGAGACUUGGGUUUACGAGGCUAUGAUUACAACGCCGUGCUCAGCGUCUUUUACAUUUCGUAUAUAGUUUUUGAGAUUCCUUCCAACAUGCUUUGCAAAUUGGUGGGCCCAGGAUGGUACCUACCUGGAAUCUCCCUCGCGUUUGGAAUCUGUUCCGUUGGCACCGCCUUUGUGGACAACAUUGCCGCCGUCAGUGGUGUUCGCUUCCUCCUUGGUGUUUUCGAAGCCGGCAUGCUUCCUGGAAUUGCCUAUUAUAUGUCCAGAUGGUACAGACGGAGUGAACUUACGUUUCGCCUGUCCCUCUAUAUUGCCAUGGCACCUCUAGCUGGCUGCUUCGGUGGGCUGCUAGCCUCUGGCAUUCUGAAACUUCCCAAUUUUGGAAGCCUAGAAGAGUGGCGCAUGAUUUUUGCUAUCGAGGGCAUCAUCACCAUUGGCUUGUCGCUCAUCGGUUUCAUCGUCGUGACUGACCGCCCGGAAACCGCAAUUUGGCUCAACGAAGAUGAAAAGGCUUUGGCCAUUGCGCGUGUUAAAUCCGAGCGCGUUGGCACUACUGAGGUUCUGGACAAGGUGGACAAAACUAAAACCGUCAGGGGCCUCUCCAGUCCCGUCACGAUUGCAACUUCUCUGAUAUUCCUCCUCGACAACAUCACUGUUCAAGGCCUGGCAUUCUUCCUACCCACGAUCAUCCGUGUUAUCUACCCGGAUUCAACCGUCGUACAACAGCAGCUACAAACUGUGCCUCCCUAUGUUGUCGGGACAUUUUUUACCAUCUUCAUUCCACUCCUCAGCUGGCGCUUCGACAAUAGAAAUAUAUGGAUGAUCAUGUCUGCACCGCUGGUGAUGAUCGGCUACAUCAUGUUUCUCGCGUCCGAAAAUGCCCGUGUCCGCUACGGCGCUACCUUCUUCAUUACUAGCGGGGCUUUUUCGUUCGGUGCGUUGUGCAAUGCACAGGUAUCGGCAAACGUAGUCUCGGACACAGCUCGAUCGGCCGCGAUUGGUAUGACCGUGAUGUUUGGAAAUGUUGGUGGCCUUAUCUCCACCUGGGCCUUCCUGCCCUUUGAUGGACCGGACUAUCCUAUAGGCAACGGGCUAAACCUGGCCACGAGCGGGACGAUGCUCAUCAUCGCUGUGUUGCUGCACUUUUGGGCAGCGGUGGAUAAUAACCGGAGAGGGAAGAGGGAUAUCAGUUCUGAUUUGGCGGGAUUGGACCAGAAGGCUAUUCAGAAUCUCGACUGGAAACAUCCAGGCUUCAGAUGGCGCUUGUAA